UGAAUGCCAUCACUUUCCAUGUGUUGUCAUGGAGGCUGGGCAACAUUAUAAACCGGCUUUCAUUACUAUGAACCAGAACUUACUGCUGAUAUUCGGUCAUUUGGAAACUCACCUUGGAUAUCACAGCCAGAUAGACAGGAGUGUUUUCCAAACUUCGACAAAGUCCGCUAAGUGUUGAGAGAAUUACUGGACAUGAUGUUUUGCGGACGUUGCAAACGACAUCAGAAUUAAUCUCAAGAUGUGGAAGUUGAAGAUGAGUCAAGCUCCAACCCACAGCAGAGUGUUAAUAUUACCAGUGGCAUUGAGGACCCAAAACAAGUCCACAUGGUUCCCGAAACUACUACCACCUCUGCCACCACAGACUCAACCCCCUCGGAGGCUCCAAAGAGGAAGACUAAGCGGCCUUCCUGGUGGCACAGUGUUGACAUCAUCAAAGAGAUUGAAGGUGGAGAAGCUGGUGUCCAGGAUAAUUCACCCAGCCCUGAUCUUACAGUCUCCUCUGCAACUUGGACUGAAAAGCGAAAAAAGAAAUACCGGUGGUGUCACCUUUUCUGGUAUUGCAACAAUAAAGAGAAGUCAGAGUCUUCAGCUGACAUGCAUGAAGAAUCAGAGAUAAGUCAUCCAUCUGUGACAACAAACUCAUUUAGCGAAUCACACAAGACCGCCGAUGACGAGACCUCAGAGAUCGACUCAAACCUAGAGUCAAUGGAGAUCGACUUAAACGUCGAGUCAAUGGAGAUCGACUUAAACGUCGAGUCAAUGGAGAUCGACUUAAACUUCGAGUCAAUGGAGAUUGACUCAAUCGUCGAGUCAAUGGAGAUCGACUCAAACGUCAAGUCAAUGGAGUUCAACUCAAACGUUGACUCCUCGGAUAUCGACUCAAAAGUUGAUUCCGCUGAUAUCGACUCAAACGCCUACUCCACAGAGAUCGACUCAAACGUCGACUCCUCGGAUAUUGACUCAAAAGUUGAUUCCGCUGAUAUCGACUCAAACGCCUACUCCACAGAGAUCGACUCAAACGUCGACUCCUCGGAUAUCGACUCAAAAGUUGAUUCCGCUGAUAUCGACUCAAACGCCUACUCCACAGAGAUCGACUCAAACGUCGACUCCAUGGAGAUUGACUUAAACAUUGGGACAAUGGAGAUCGACUCAAACCUAGAGUCAAUGGAGAUCGACUUAAACUUCGAGUCAGUGGAGAUUGACUCAAUCGUUGAGUCAAUGGAGAUCGACACAAAUGUCAACUCAAUGGAGAUCAACUCAAACAUCGAGUUCACUAAGAUCGAUACAAAUGUGGAGCCCGUGGAAAUUAAAACGAACAUCAAGUCCCCGGAGAUUGACUCAAACGUCAAGUCAAUGGAGAUCAACUCAAAUGUCGACUCCUCGGAUAUCGACUCAAAAGUUGAUUCUGCUGAUAUCGACUCAAACGCCUACUCCACAGAGAUCGAAUCAAACGCCUACUCCACAGAGAUCGACUCAAACGUCGACUCCUCGGAUAUCGACUCAAAAGUUGAUUCCGCUGAUAUCGACUCAAACGCCUACUCCACAGAGAUCGACUCAAACGUCGACUCCAUGGAGAUCGACUUAAACAUUGGGACAAUGGAGAUCAACUCAAACGUCAAGUCAAUGGGGAUCGACUCAAAUGUCAACUCCAUGGAGAUUGACACAAAUGUUUGGAAAAUGGAGAUCGACUCAAACAUCGACUCCACUGAGACUGAAACAAAUGUGGAGUCUAUGGAAAUCAAAACAAACAUCAACUCCACGGAGACUGACUCAAACGUUGAUUGUCCAGAGAUCAACUCAAACGUCGACUCCUCGGAUGUUGACUCAAAAGUUGAUUCCGCUGAUAUCGACUCAAACGCAUACUCCACAGAGAUCAACUCAAACGUCGACUCCAUGGAGAUUGACUUAAACGUUGGGACAAUGGUGAUCGACUCAAACAUCAACUCCACUGAGACUGAUACAAAUGUGGAGUCUAUGGAAAUCAACACGAACAUCAAGUCCGCGGAGAAUGACUCAAACGUUGAUUGCCCAGAGAUCGACACAAUCGUGAAAUCCUCAGAGAAUGACUCAAACGUUGAGUCAAUGGAGAUCGACAAUGUUGAGUCAACGGAGAUAUUCUAUAAUGUGGAGUCCACGAAUGUUCAGUCCACUCAGGUCUACUCAAAUGUCGAGACCAGAAAACCAGACUUUAGCUGCAUGACCGACUAUGCCAAGCGCUACCUGAAGUCACAGAACAUUGUGUACAUCAAAGACGUCCUCCCACCUGAUGCGCUUAAAUACAGGCCAUAUGCCCACAUUUGUCACAAUGUGAGUAAACAGGCCAAAUCAGAAUCGGUCUAUGGAAAUGUGGCAGCCAGCAGAGAAACCCUCUCCACAGAGAAGCUUGUUUGCCUCGGGCUCCCCAACCUGGCGCAGACUUGCUACAUGAAUUCUACCCUGCAAGGCCUCCUGACGUUGACUCAUUUCAUGCAGGAGGUCCACAACCAGCACACGGUCUGGAAUUUUCACCCUAAGUCUGAGCUAAUCAGGUUGCUUGAGAACGUUGAACUGUGCCAUUCCUCCGCCAACUGGAUGGAGAAGAAAUGCAUCCUGUUUGCUUUUAAAAAAAGUAUUGCUGAGUUGAACUCGCAGUUUGACGAUGACAGUCAGAAGGACGCGUAUGAGUUCCUAAGCUGUGUGCUUACGAAGAUGAGAUCUCUGUCUGUGGAUCUGCAUCAAUCAGCAGUCGAUCUGGGCAUGACCUACACCUGCCCCGUUAAUGCCCACAUGGCCUUCCAGAUGCUGAGUACCAGGACCUGCAUGGGAUGUGGCAUGCAAUCCAAGAGCAUUAAGGAUUAUGUGAACCUGUCCCUGGACCUUGCGUAUCGAGGGUCAGUGAGCCAGUUUCUGCAGAGUUACCUGAAAAAGAACCAGUUGGAGGAUUGCUGCAAGUCCUGUCGUGCUCAGGAGUCAUCGCAGCAGUGGUCGUUUGUGAGUCUGCCAAAUGUGUUGAUCAUUCAGCUGCAGAGAUUUAGAUCGGACAAAUCCAACAAUCUGAGGAAGCUGGAUAUUUGUGUGGAAAUAACAAGGGAGUUAAUGCUUAACUCUGACUCCAACACCACCGAACAGACUCGCUACUCUCUUGUCAGCAUCAUCAGCCACUUGGGCCCCUCAGCAGGUUCUGGCCAUUUCAUCUGUGACAGUGCUUACAGACAGCAGGAAUCAGGUGACAUCACAGAGUGUUGGCUCACUUACAAUGACAAUAUCAUAAAAGAGUCAACCGCAAAACUCAUCUGUCAGCUGCGGCAGAACACAGCAUACGUGCUGUUCUACGAGAAACCGUAGAAGAACCGAACCAAUCAUGGCAGACGGCCGCCCACCUUGAGCCAGGUCUGCUCUGAGGUUUCUGCCUUUAAAGGCAUUCUUCCUCGCCACUGUUGCCAAGUGCUGGCUUGUGGGGUAAUGAUGGGGCUCUGUACAUUUUUUCAUCUGCUGUGACUCUGUAAAUAAAUUUCAAUUGAUUGCAAAAGCAUA